AUGGAGCCCCCCUCAGCCCAUCCCCCAAUGUGUGUCCCCUGGCAGGGGCUCCUGCUUGCAGCCUCACUGCUAACCAUCUGGAAUAUCCCCGCCACCGCGACGCCUACUGUUGAGUCGGUGCCACCCGUGGUUCUCGAAGGGCAGAGCGUUCUUCUUCUUGCUCACAACCUGCCAGACAACCUACUAGCCUAUCAAUGGUUCAAGGGAAAACGGUCGAUAGACAAAGAUCUAAUUAUAAUGUAUGAAAUAAAAUCUCAAGAAACUAAACAAGGGAAGCUGUACAGCGGCAAAGAGACUCUGUACCCUAAUGGAUCCUUGAUGUUACAGAACGUCACCUUGAAGCAAUCUGGAAUCUACCACCUAAAUAUCCAUUCUGCAGAUAACCAAAAGUCAGUGUUUGUGGAAGUCUUUGUGUACCCUCUGUUAAGCAAGCCCUCCAUACGAAGCAACAGGACCACUGCUGUUGAGGGCCAAGACACCGUCGAGCUGACUUGUGACCCUCUCUUCCGGAAAACAACCUACCUGUGGCAUCUGAAUGGUAAGAAGCUUCGAGUUGAUGACCGCAUCGCCCUGUCUCGGGAUAACGCAACUCUCACUUUGCUCAGGGUCUCUAGGCAUUUCAGAGGACGCUAUGAAUGUGAAGCCAAGAACCCACUGGGUGCCUUCCAUAGUGAUCCAUUCACUCUGGAUGUUUUCUAUGGCCCAGAUACCCCUGAAAUAUUUCCCCCGUACAAAUACUUUGAGGAAGGCAGGAGCAUGUGGCUCUCCUGCCAAGCAGUGUCUCACCCCAAAGCACACUAUUCCUGGAAUGUCAAUGGAGAACCCUGGAACGCUAGACAAGAGCUGUCUAUCCACCAGGUCAGCAUAAGUAAUAAUGGACUUUAUACCUGCCUCGUCAACAACGCAGCAACUGGCCGCAAUAAUUCCAAGGUCAAGGAAGUUAUCAUAGUGGAGAAGUUGCCAAAGCCCCAUAUCCAAGUCAAAAAUGAAACAGUCUUAGAACACCAUUUUGUGGACCUGACCUGCAUAUCAGAAAACACUGGAGUUUCCAUCUGGUGGACGUUCAACAAUCAGAAGCUGAAGGCCACAGACAGGAUGACGUUCUCCUGGAACAACAGAAGGCUCACCAUAGACCCCGUCACAAAGGAGGAUGCCGGGGCAUACCAGUGUGAGGUCUCCAACCCCCUCAACACCAGGCUGAGUGAUCCAGUCAAGCUGGCCGUGCUCUAUCAACCGUCAAAAAGUCCCCUGUUGUCACCCACGAUGCUGGCUAGCUUGGUUGCUGAAGUUCUGGCCGGGCUGGCUAUCCUGGGAGGCCUGGCAUAUUUCGUGUUUUUCAAGAAACUUGACAAGUCACAGGCCCCAUGA